GCGUUCCGGUUGAACGUUGUUGUUCGUUGCUUCGGUCAAUUUCACGACCACCAGACCCUAAUCUGUUAUUACCGUUUAAUCCAGGGAUGUGAUGAGUUCGUCGUUUGACUAAAACAUACGUACAGAUUUACUUUAGCCGUCAAUAAUGGAAAUCUUUAGCGCAGAGAGUCGCGAGACAGUCCCUCCACUCCCUCUCUCUGCACUGCGUCUGGUAGUACCACCCCUCCGGCUGAUGUCAGCAUUUUUAUGGCAGGUGAUUCAGCGUCGAAAUGUGACACAUUACGGAAAGUUGGAGCAGUUCGUGGUGCUGGUAACAGAGACUGUUCCCGACAUCAUGAAUCGAAGUCUGGUUAAUAAACUCAUCUUUUAUCUGCGGAAAAAAGUGAUUCUGGAGCUUUGUCUGAAAGAUAAAACGCCAGAUCUGUGGAUCAUUCAGGCACAUUUGGAUUCUCUUCGAAGGUUCACACAUAAAUGUAAAGAUGUAGAAAGUGAGAUCAUCAAUAACAAAUUUAUUAGAACGGUGCACAGCAUCUUGGAGGAUACAGAAAAGAAAGAGAAUUUUAUCCAGCAUGUCUUCCCUGUAGAAUAUGGGGCAGGAUAUGAUGCAGUAUUGCAGAGCCUUGCAUGGGACUUCCUGUCUCGAGUGGAGGAUCUGCUACCUGUGCCCAAUCUUAAAGAGACAGCCUUGCGAUUAUGUGGCGGUCUGUCUAUGAUGGAGGAGAUUGUGCAGCCGCUCUCAGAUCCAAUUGAAAUCAAGGACGUGCUCCAACACUUCCAAUGCAGAAGACUUCACAACAGAAAUAAUGAGCAGUCUCAGAGAAUUAUUAGUGAAAUGUCUGUUCCUACCACAACUGAAGUAGUUUGUUUACCUCACCCGGUCGGACAGGAGACAGUCUCCCCCACCUUUGCUAUUGAACAUGAGGCAAGUGUGCCGCCUACAUCUAUAGCUCAAGAGACGAUUAUCAUUGAAGCAGAAAGCACGGAAAGCCAAACAGAAGCCGAACACGCAUGCCUUGCAGUAAUGAGUCCCUCGCAAAGUUACACCGAGGAGGCUGAACCUUUAACUGACAGCGAGGAAUCUACAACAGUAGCCACCGCCGAAGAAGCAGAGAAUGGCAUACAAGAAGAAGCCCUCUGUGAAGAGAAAGAUUCAGAGAUCUGUGAAGUCCAGCAGAUCUACCUCACUGCAGACGGCUCUACCGUGGUUGUAUCGGAGUUUGAGAACGAGGGCGAGGAGACCCAACUGCAGUUUCUGGAACAACCAGAUAUGACCGAGACUGCUGGAGUGAGGCAGGUCAGUUUGGAGCAGUGGAUCUCGGAGUUAACCGGUAAGGGCAUCUCUCUACCAGUCUUGCCUCCAAAUCCGGUUGAGAUCGUAAGGGAGGAGAUGAUCUACGUUCCCGUCGUAGAAAGACCUCCAUCCGUGAAGUCUAUCAUCCACAGAAAGAGCAGUCCGGCUCGAGUCGCAGUCUCCAAAAAGCAAGUGGCUGUACCUUCUGAAUCCCAAGCAGCACAGGAAGAGAAAAGACACGUAUGUCCCGAGUGCCACAAGGAGUUUCGUUUCGAGUGUCUUCUGAGGAACCACAUGCGCACACACACGGGCGAGCGUCCGUAUCAGUGUUCAGACUGCGGCAAGAGCUUCAGGUGCCUCAGCUUCCUGACCAAUCACAUCAAAACUCACUCGCUCGCCAGGCCUUUCAAAUGCACGCACUGCGUCAAGUCUUUCCGCAAAAAAGCCGACCUCAUCAAGCACAUCCGUGUGCACACGGGCGAAAAACCCUACAAGUGCACCAUCUGCUGCAAGAGCUUUUCCCAGGGCUCUUACUUAAAGAUUCACCGCGAAUGCCACACCUCGGAAAACCUCCACCAGUGUCCACGUUGUGACAAGAGCUUUCCAACAGCAUUUAAGCUAUCCAUCCAUGUCCGUCACCAUUCCAUGGAGCGCUCCUACCAGUGUAACCAGUGUGGGAAAAGUUUCAUAUACGCCAGCCUCCUCAGAAGACACAAAGGUUAUCACGCAGGUGAGCGGCAGUACCUGUGUUCCAUCUGCGGCAAGUCUUUCGUCUACAUGUUCGACCUGAAAAAGCAUCAACGGAACCACGAGAGACCCCGCAUGAAGAUCCCGUGCACCCUUUGUCACAAGACUUUUGCAGGACCGGAGAUGCUGAGGUGCCACCUACGCAUACACACGGGAGAGCGUCCUUUCCGCUGCAAGAUGUGUGGGAAAGCCUUCUCUCAGAUCGGUAAUAUGAAGAGACAUGAACGCGUACACACGGGCGAACGUCCCUUCACCUGCGAGCGAUGCGGAAAGACUUACAAGCACUCGUCUCACCUGAAGAACCACAUGCUUAGCCACACCGGCGAGCGGCCGUGGCAGUGCUCGCAUUGCGGGAAGAGCUUCAAGUUUGCCGGGCCUCUGAAAAAGCACGAGAGAAUUCAUAUGGGUGAACGUGCAGACCGCAGAAAGAGCUAUGACCAAACCCGUGGCCGCAAGAAACACGAACCUAAAAGCCCUUGAUGUU